AUGGAUGGCCACUGUCACAUUGUAGAGAGCAUGGAUGAGGUCUGGGAAAGGGAUCCCACUGUGGCUUUGCGCAGUGGGGAAGGGGUCUGUGCUUACUUGGAAAAAUGUUUGUCUGACUGCAGGCAUGGAACCCGUUGUGCUGGAGAAGUGGCAGCCACGGCAAACAACUCACACUGCACAGUAGGAAUCGCCUUUAAUGCCAAGAUUGGAGGUGUACGAAUGCUGGACGGAGACGUGACAGACAUGGUAGAAGCGAAGUCUCUGAGCCUUAAUCCCCAGCACAUCCACAUCUACAGUGCCAGCUGGGGGCCUGAUGACGACGGUAAGACUGUGGAUGGACCUGCUUCACUAGCACGUCAGGCCUUUGAGAACGGCAUCAGAAUGGGCCGAAGAGGCUUAGGUUCAGUCUUUGUUUGGGCAUCUGGAAAUGGUGGAAGAAGUCGAGACCACUGCUCCUGUGAUGGCUACACCAAUAGUAUCUACACUAUCUCCAUAAGCAGCACAGCUGAAAGCGGGAAGAAGCCAUGGUAUCUAGAAGAAUGUGCAUCCACUCUGGCUACAACGUACAGCAGCGGGGAAUCCUACGACAGGAAAAUAAUCACCACAGACCUGAGGCAGCGUUGCACAGACAGCCACACUGGAACCUCAGCCUCUGCACCUAUGGCUGCAGGCAUCAUUGCACUGGCACUGGAAGCAAAUCCAUUUCUGACCUGGAGAGACAUACAGCAUAUUAUUGUCAGGACUUCACGUGCAGGACAUCUGAAUGCUAACGACUGGAAAACCAACGCGGCUGGUUAUAAGG